CUUUUACCGAUGUUAUAUAAAAAUACAGGAGAACUACUGUCAUUUGAUUACAGUUUGUUACUAUAUAACAGAAAACAGCUAUUAUGCUGUAAUCUUUUGGUUCAGGUGACAGCGGGUUAUCAGUAUAAAGCAGAUGCUAUUUACUGUUAUUAUGAUAUAGUAAAUUACUAUGAAUGUAAUGCAACUAGUAGCCAGUAAUUUACUGUAAUUUUACAGUGAAAUUGAUUACAGUGCAGUACUGUGUUGUAGCUGCUUGAAAUAGUAGCUUUGCUAAUCUUAAAAAACAAUAACUGACGUGUUCAUGUGAGCCCUGAUUGAUAGAAAGCAUGGAAUUAAAGGACACAGAAGUGCUGAAGAUCGAAAGAGUGCUCAGCAAGAUGUGGCCUGACUGUAUGUGGACAGUCUAAUGAGAUUACGUAACACUGUUUUUUCUUCUUGUAACCUUUCUGUCAAGCCAUGUCGUUCAAGCAUUAUACAAAUGGAUUAUGGACAUAACUCACAGACAUUCUGAUUCUCAAUCCCCAACAGAUGACAACAUCUAUAAUUCACCCUGCAGCGUCUGUGUUACAGGACAGCCUUUGUGGUGCAUUGCAGGUUCUGCUAUCACACAAAAACUUGAUGGGUGAAGGAAGCACAGUGAUGCUGGAAGUGUAAUUGUAUCCAUCAUCACCAUAUCCUUUCAUCCUCCCCUCUGUUCAGCCCCAUUCACCUCCUUCACCCCGCUAUACAUAAACGCCCCUCCCAACUCUCUCUCUCUCUCUCUCUCUCACACACACACACACACACACACACACACACCCUCUUAAACUCCCUCCGGGCUGGGGAUUUGAAGAUGCGCAAGCGAGGAGCGUUUGUAAUCAGAUGAAAGAGGAGAUUAUCCCGAGGCUCCCUCCAUCCAUCCUUUCUGCUGUUGGAGAAGAAGUGUUAAAGGAGCGCUGGGGGAGGAGACUAUGGGCCAGAAUGGGUGGGGUUUAAUGGACUGAGUGAGAAAAAGAGGGGGGAGGAGGGGAGGGGAGGGGGGUUCACCUGUGGAUGUGUAUGUGGAAGGAGACACCGCUGCCUGCUCGCCCGUCCCCUUUCAAGGUCCUGCAUGCGCCGACGCCGGGAUGACUGAAAGCCGACAUUAAAGAGAGGAAGAAAGGAAAAAGAGAGGGGGCAGGGAAAGGCUGCAGAGAGAGACAGAAGGAUCAAGAAAAAGCAGAAAACAAGCCUUUCAUCUGGUUCUCUCAGCACAAGUUAUCGAUGGCGGAGAGUGGGCGUCCUGUGUCAGAAGCACUCGCACCAGAGGGCACCGUCCUGUCCGACCUGACCAUCGCUAAUGACAGCGUUCUACCACUCUCAAAGACCUCCACUGAGCUGGUGAAGGGCCAAGUCCAGCCUGAAGAGCUCCGUAAGAGCUCCAGUGAGGAACCGUGCUCAGAAAAAGUGCUGGAAGAUAUAGAAAGCCAUAUAAAACCGAAAGCAAGAGUUCCUGUCACACACCGUGCAGCCGACCGCUUAGGUAUUCGCAAUGUGACACGUCCUCACAGUAUUGCAGAAGUUCACAUAUCUGAGGGGGUAGAACUACAGCUGGGAGAUGGCAUGAUCCAUCGGAAUGAGCAGGUGCCACUGGCCUCCAAGGAGAACACUUCUUCCUCACACAAAGACUUAAGAGAGCAGAGUCUGGCCCCGGCCAAGCUAUCUGUUCAGAGGAGCCACUCGGACAGCCUGCAAAUACAGAUGGAAGGCCCUGCACCUCCUCUUCACUAUGAAACUGGUGGUUCUAAGUGUCUAGGUAAAAAUCAAGAAGCCCCUAUCCAGUCUUUCAUUUGCAAGCAGGCCAUGCAACUGCAGCAGAGCAGCACUACCACCACCUUCUGCAGAGCAGGCAGCUGUGGCUCAGGCAGCUCGACCCAGCAAAGUUGCUGCGUUCAUAUGUGCAAUUCUGGCCCUCCUCAAUUAUCAGGGGAUGUUGGUAUGGACACAAAACAUGCCCGGUUUGAAGAAGCUGUCUGCUGCGGCUCAUACAAGCAUGGAGGACCUCUUGAGGACACUUUCGCUGCUUACUGUCAUCCCCAGCCCAUCCCAGCUCCUGCCCAGCUGUUGCCACGGCUAACUGGCCUGGAGGUGGACUGCAGGGGACAGAUGGGUGGUCCGGCUCUGUUGGCCCUCCCGCCGCUCAUUUCCUCAGUCAGUGAGACAGGGCUGGAUGCCAAGCGACUGCUCCGCUGCUGCAAUCUGGACUGCAACUGGCCAGGUCCUUUACGCCAGGCUGGGAGUCAGCAGCCGCAAGCUGGGGAUGAAGGCAGAAGCACCAGAGAUGCAGGGACCAUGACCUCCAGCAAAGAGCUGAGGGACGUUGGGGUUCAGGUGGGGGUUCAGACGGAUUCAGAAAGGCCGCCUCAACACGUGUUCCCAGAGGUUUGUCUGGUGGAUGAGAAAAACGAUACAGACAAGCCUGCAGCAUCUCAGAAGUCUCCAGUGAAGGAGGUGAAGUGGGACGCAGAAGGAAUGACAUGGGAGGUUUACGGAGCUUCAGUGGACCCUGAGGAGCUGGGCCUGGCCAUUCAGAAGCACCUGGAGCUGCAGAUUAAGGAGACCGCAGUAAAGGCAGCAAAGCUCGCACGACAGGACACAAAUAUGUCCCAGAACAGCAUGGGGAAGAGCCAGCGGAGAAGGAGGGGUUUAAUGGCUGCUCUGCAUCCUCCAGGCUGUUGUACCCGCACCACUACUGCAGUGGACUAACUGCCAAAAAACUGGUUUCCCUGCUUUCAAGCCUCAAAUAGACACAGCAUACUAGAAUAUAGUUAGCAAAAGCUUCAGUAAUUGAUUAACAGACUUUUCUGCUUGCCAACAAAAACAUGGUCUUCAGACCUUACAUGAAGAGUUACUGAAGAAAAAGUAUUUUUAGAAUCUGUCCUUCGAUUACAGUAGUGGGUGACCACUGGAGACAGAACAUGUGCCUAAGUCUUCCUUUCAGUUCCAGCAUCUCACAUAUUGUAUAUGAAAACUUUAAGUAGACCUUAAGGGCUAUUUGUCUGGUAAAAACUUAGUACUCUCU